AUGGACCUUAGUAGGCAAACAGUCGGGCAUAUUGUCAAGCAGGAAUUGAAUUAUAAAUAUUAUUUGUUCAAGACGCGUAAUGGUCGCCAGACUUAUGCCCUCGCCACUCAUCUCCAGACAGCAAUCGACUGUUCUGUGUUAGGCGUCUUUGAAAGGGAGGUGAUCAGUAGGCCUUACAACACCAAGAAUGCAGCCAUCAGGGACUCCUUGCCAACAUGGACAGAGACGCCGUCGCCAUGGCCUGGUCCAACUUCCGGAUGCGCCUGGAGAAAGCACGAGCUAUCCCGUUCUUUUCAGUAUCUAUCUAUCUAUCUAUCUAUCUAUCUAUCUAUCUAUCUAUCUAUCUAUCACACACGCAAACACACACAGUCUCUCCCUCUCUCUUUAUCACUUUUGAGGAAGAUUUCUGAACUAAUAGUUGGCAAAAACUCACAGCGUUUAUUCUUAAUUUCUUUCUCUCUUUCCCUCUAUCUCUCUCUCUCUCUCUCUCUCUCUCUCUCUCUCUCUCUCUCUCUCUAUCUAUCUCUCGACAUUUUCUUCACUCUUUCCAUUCCUCUUACUCUACAUAAAAUCAACGCAAUCCAAAGGCAUCAGGUCCGAGAGCUUUUGUUGGUAUCGCUCAGCAUCAUUUCACUUCUGAAAAAGGAUUUCUCAUUUUUAAAUUUUUUCCCGCCUCUUUUCUUUUUUUUCUCCCCUUCCCCUCUUUUUUCUUUUAUUUCCACCUUUCUUUUUCCUUUCCUUUCUCUUGUAAAUUCUUGUAAACCAUUUUGUUAUUUUCUUUUUCUUUCUCUUCAUUUGUUUAAAUUGUUAGUCGUUUUCAGCCUUUCAUUUUGUUAUUUUUCUGUCUCAUUGUCUUAUUGUAAUUUUGCUUAUAAUUUUUCCUUCUUUCGAUAUCUUCACCUUCACUUCUUUUUUAUCUGUUUUUCUUUCUUUCUUUCUUUCUUUCUUUCUUUUUUUUGUCCCUCCCUAUGUCAACUUACCGUUAUUUUUUUUAUCCAGUCUUUACUCCUUCCUCUUUUCCUUACGGGAGUGAGGCGCUUCUUCACGCAUCUGUUGAUCGCGUUAUCUAGAGCGAGACUAAAAUUCACUCGAAAAGACUACCGACAUCUGGUAGAAUCGAUCUUCCCGUCCCACCCAGUCUCCUUUAAGCACCGUCUCUCCCUGUCUUCCAUAAAUGUGGCUUUGAGGCAAAUGACAUCAGGUGAACUAGUGUAA